GCCGCCUUUGGUGUUAUUCCUGGCGAACCAUCCCCUGACGGAGAAAUACGACCUCUCCAGCGUCAUGGCCGGAAGCAGUGGUGCAGCCGCCCUCAGCGCGAAUUUGGCGGAGAAAGUCCAAGAGAAGAUUCCAAAUUUACUACUUAGACAAGGUUAUGGCUUGACGGAGUGCAGUGUUGCAGCACUUGUGGCAGGCUUGGAGUGGAAAGUGGGUUCUGUCGGCACACUCCUACCUAACACAGAGGCAAAAAUAAUCGACCUGAAGACGGGGCAGCCCCUGGGCGUGAACCAGGAAGGUGAACUCUGUAUUCGUGGACCACAGAUUAUGAAGGGUUACCUGAACAACCCGGAAGCUACCAAGAACACAAUCGACAAUGAAGGCUGGUUACAUACCGGUGACGUCGGCAGAUACGACGAGGAUCAACAUUUCUGGCUCGUGGAUAGGGUGAAAGAACUCAUCAAGUAUAAGGGUUUUCAGGUUCCUCCAGCCGAACUGGAGAACGUGUUGCUCUCUCACCCGGCUGUGACCGAUGCCGCGGUCAUUGGGUUGCCAGAUCAGGCAGCAGGGGAGAUCCCUAGGGCCUACGUAGUGCCCGUGCCUGGGUCGAGCGUCACCGUAGACGACAUAGAGAAAUUUGUUAGCGAAAGGGUAGCACCAUAUAAAAAGCUUCGUGGAGGUGUCGUGUUCACAGAUCGUAUUCCAAAGUCUCAGAGCGGAAAAAUUCUCCGCAGAGAGCUAAAACACCAUGCCAUGGAUGAAUUAAAGGCCAAGCUGUAGACGUUCUCUUCGCCAGUAGUGCCAAAAUUCGUGAUUGGGUUGUGAUAAGAAAAUUUUCAUUUUGAUCGAAGUCAUGAUCCAACGUGAUGUUCUUUGACGUUUUUCUUUUCAAAAUACCCUCGUUUGCGGUCCGUAUUUUGUGCAUUCCCUAUGAUGCUUUUUGUGCAUGCUCUAAAGAAAACCAAAGACAUGAUUUUUUUUGUUUUUAGAAGAGUAAAACUCUAGAGUCAGUCAGUUGAUUUUUGAACAGAAAGGCUUGAUUUUCUUUAAAGGCGCGCACACAUUACAGUACAAGGUGCUCUACUUUGAUACAGAUAGCGUUCUUCUUGAUUAACUUAACAGCAAAACGCGAAAAUAUAAAAAAAAGUGAAAAGUGAGAUAAUUAAACAGACGUAGGCACACACUGGCAUAAAGACGAAAUAUGAAGAAAGUAAGACUUGAAUGACUUUUUUCGGUGAUUCUUUAAAAUUAUCAUUCAAAAGCAUAUCAAAGACACAUCCUAUGCAUUGUAUUUUAUUAUUAUUAUUAUUAUGUUGUUGUUGUUGUUGUUGUUGUUGUUGUAAAAGUUUAUGAAAAAUGGACGUUUGCAAGCGAAUUUACGUUAAAUCAUGUUAAUAAAAUAUACAUACGAAAGGAAGUUUUUCAAAGCGGAAACACGUAAUUGACAAAACCAUUCAUAGAAAGUGAAAAUAAGGUUGUUAUUAGAUAGUUGAAAGUAAUGUUAAUUGAAUAUGACAUAAGUGCAAUACUGAUAUCAAAUAGCUAAGUGAGUCAUUGAUAAUAAACAGGCAUAAAAUAAAAGGAAAACUGAGGCUGUGUUCAGAUUAA